AUGAAGUUCUGUUUUGGAGGAAUUGCAACUUUGUAUGCAUUUGGUGUUUGUGCUUCAUCAUCUAAAGGCGAUAUCUGGAAUUGGAACCAACGAUUCCAAAUUGUUCUUGGAAUUGCUAGAGGUCUUGUAUACUUGCAUGAAGGAUGUUGCACCCAAAUCAUCCAUUGUGAUAUUAAACCCCAAAAUAUACUUCUAGAUGAUCACUACAAUGCUAGGAUUUCAGAUUUUGGGUUAGCAAAGCUAUUGCUGAUUAAUCAGAGCCACACCGAAACUGGAAUUAGAGGAACCAAAGGGUAUGUUGCGCCAGAUUGGUUUAGGAGUGCACCAAUCACUGCAAAAGUUGAUACUUAUAGUUUUGGUGUAUUGUUGUUAGAGAUCAUUUGUUGUAGGAAAAAUGUAGAGAAGGAAUUUGUUAAUGAAGAACAAGGGAUUUUAACUGAUUGGGCUUAUGAUUGCUAUAAGACUAAAAGACUUGACAAUCUCUUAGAAAAUGAUAAUGAGGUCGGAAAUGACAUGAUGAGUUUGGAAAAGUUAGUCAUGAUUGUUAUUUGGUGUAUUCAAGAAGAUCCUUCUCUUAGGCCAACAAUGAAGGAGGUUUUACUGAUGUUAGAAGGAAUAGUCAAAGUUGUUGUUCCCCGAAGUCCCUAUCUUUAUGGUUCUGUAAGUUGUAAUUAA